AUGGUUUUCGGACAUUUAACUGCCUACUUUAUUGAUAAAUAUUUGGGAGAUUAUAUCGAGAAUUUAGAUUCCAAACAGCUCAAAAUUGACUUAUGGAACGGCGAUGUUGUUCUGAAAGAUUUAUCUCUGAAACCAAAUGCACUUGCCAAUUUCAAUCUUCCAGUUACGGUGGCUGCUGGUCACUUACACAAAUUGUCACUUCACAUUCCAUGGAAACAUUUAUACAUACAUCCAACCAAGAUCACUAUCGAUGGUGUCUAUCUACUUCUUACACCUAAAACUGAUGUUCAAUAUGAUUCUGAACGAGAUGAACAAAGUCAAUACGAAUCAAAAAUGAAAGAAGUACAUAAAAUCGAACAAUUUCGCAAAGAAAAAGAAGAAUAUGAAAAUUCCAAAACAAUCUCAAAACACAAAGAUACAUUCUUGGAACGAUUACAAAUGCAUAUUCUUCGUAAUCUGGAAUUUUCUAUUAGUAAUAUUCAUAUUGCUUUUGAAGAUAAAACAACUAAACCUGAACAUCCAUAUUCAUUUGGUAUAACACUGAACUAUAUCAAACUUUUCACAACAAAUACUGAAUGGGAGCCUGUCAUAUCGGAAGAAGACUCACCAAUUAUGUACAAGUUUGGUGAAAUGAGUACAUUAUCGAUUUAUUGGAAUUCAAAUGUCCAAACUCAAUCAGACUUACCACAAGAGGACAUUGUCGAUAUAUUACAAGAAAAUAUUGACCAGAAUGAACAAAGAGUAUCCGAUGAAAUGGCUUACAUUCUGAGACCGUUGAAUAUCCAAGUAAAAUUGAAAAUUUCUUUAACACCUAGUGAACAAGAAUAUGUUCGACCAGUUUUCGAUGCUAAAAUCGAUUUGGAACAGAUUAGUUUAAAUAUCAAUCGUAAUCAGUAUUCGGAUCUACUCGAUCUAUUGGAAUUUCAAGAUCGUCUUAAUUUAAAAUCAAAAUAUAUUAAAUAUCAUACCAUGAUCGACAAUGCUUCUAUUUUAAAGCCAAGUUUACGACGAUGGAAAUUUGCUUAUGCGGCAAUUUUGCAUGAAGAAGUUCGACCACGACUUUCAUCGUAUAAAUGGGAAAAUAUCAAAACGAAUUUAGAUCGAUUUCGCGAGUAUCAUGAAAUUUACUUUCAAAUAUUAAAUGGUGAUGCAAGCAAAAAACAAAAACAACGUGCUCAAGAGCUUGAAAAAAAUAUUGAUGUAUUUAAUUUACUCUAUCUUCGUCGAAUUGUAGAAAUCGAAUUUAAAAAGAAAAAGGCUGAACACAAAGAACAAUCUUGGUGGGAUGCACUAACUAUUUGGUGGACUGGUGAUUCGAAUCAGGAGAAUCCAGAAUUCAACCUUGAUAGUGCAACGGCAGCUGAUGAAAAGAAAAAAUUGUACGAUGCCAUUGGCUAUGCCGACAAUAAUAUAAAAUCAAAUUAUCCAGAAGAAUAUGUUGAUAUUGAUCUAUCAGUUCGAUUGAAUAUGCUCGAACUUAAUGUCUGGUCGAAUAUCAAUGAAAACGAUACGCAAUUUAAAGUCAUUGCUUGUGCUGCUAUACCUGAUGCCGGUUUGAUAUUCAAACGUCGUCCGGCCAAACCAGCUUUUCUAUUUGUUGUUGAUUUGAGCUCAUUUCAAGUAUUUGGCAUUGGCGAAAAUGUUCUUCAAACAGAAAUGUUAAAUGAUAAUCGUCCAGUUCUUGCUCAAAAUCGAGCACAAUUAGAACAGAAAAGUUUCUUACAUAUCGAAUAUGAAACGAAUCCAUUGAAUAAACCAUCUGACAAUCGUAUACAAGUCAUAUCACAAUCACUCGAAAUCAUUUACGAUGCGUUCACUAUCAAUAAACUUGUUGAAUGUUUUCAACCUGAUCGGAAACGUGAUUUGCAAGGCAUCAAAGAAAUUGCUUAUUCGACAUUCAAUGAUAUCAAAUAUCGUUCACAUAUUUUCUUCAAUCAUUAUCUGAAAAAUAUUCAAUCAUCAGAUAUUGAUAUUGAUCUUCCAUCGUUCUAUUUUCUCUUGCCUGAAAAUGGUGUCUAUCGACGUGGUUGUCCAGUACUUUGCUUUGAUUUUGGUCAUUUUACAUUUAAAGGUGGUCCUAGUUAUACUGACCAAGAAGUAGAAAUAGGAAAAACAACUGAAGAUGUUCCAAGUACUGAUGAUAUUCCUCAAUCACCGUACUUUCCAUUAAAACUUCGUUUGGAGAAUAUCCAAUUACUCUAUGCCAAUCAGAACGAUGAUUGGUAUAAUGCUCGUGUUCAACGAGAUUCUCCAAUGCAUUUGAUCAAACCAAUUACAAUUCGUGUGGAUAUAGACAAGUGUAUCUACUCCGACAAUGCGAUUUUACCAGCUUGGAAAAUCGGUGCACACAUUUCAACUAUCGAUGGCCGCGUGUCUGAUGCACGUAUUUUUGGUAUUAACAAAAUUAUUCAAUCUAUUCCAUUUCCUGAAUUGAAAGAAGAAGAAGAAGUUGAAACUGAAAUACUUGUCGAGUCAAAAACCUUCGAAGUCGCUGUACCUCAUCGAGAUACGCAGAAAACUUUGGAAGCCGUAGAAAAUACGACACCAGUACAGAAAAUUUUGCAAGAAGCGAGUAGUGCUGAAGAAGAAGGACAAACGAACGAUCAAACACCAGAAAAGAACAUCGAGUCACAAGAUCAAGUGAUUGAACUCGAAGCUACUUUUGAACUUCCACGAAUUGAUUUGCUCAUCGAAGAAUCUGUAUCGGAUGGAUCUCAUGAUACUCAUCCAUUUGUUCGAAUUUCAAUCUUAUUGAUUGCUGCUCGAGCAACAAUGAAAACAUACGACAUCAAUUUCGAUGCUUCUCUAGCCGAUUUAAGCAUUGUUCAUGAACAAUUUAUUACUAGUGAUAACGAUCGACUUCGUUUAAUCGCUAUUGAACGUUAUCCUGAUCGAGAAGAUGCUCCAUGGAUUAAUAUCCAUGGUUUACUCACAUCACCAGUCAACCCUUUAUUUGCCUCAACUCCUUACAAUAGCCUUGAAAAUCAAGUACAUGUCCACAUUGGUAAACCUGUGCUGAUACUCCAGUUAGAAGCACUUUCAUCUAUUGUGCAAUUUAAAAAUGAUCUUAUGGAAAAAAUAUUCCGAGAGCAACAUCAUGUAUCUACUAAAAGAUCAGUCAAUAAACGAACUGCACCGAAACAGGUGGUCAAACAGGAUCCAUCAUCAUCAUCAUCAUCAUCACCAAUGCCAACAUUUCAAUUCGAAGCGAAUCUCGAUGGAUUACGUGCAAUCAUUGGAUCUGAACAUUCUCAAAUUCUUGAUAUUCAAAUUCAAGAUCUUCAUGCUUAUGUAUUAAAUUCGAUCGAAAAAACUACGGCUAAUUUACUUCUCACUAAUUUCUAUGUACUUGAUCCAAAUCCGAAAGCACGUUUCAAUAAGAUUAUCUCUCAACUAGGCAAUGAGAAACAAUUGUUACGUUUCGAUUUUUCUCUAUUCAAUUAUCCGAAAAAAUACGAAAAAACAGUUGAUGAUGUUGAUUGUGAUAUUAAACUUCAAUUGACCAAAGUGAAUCUAAUUCUUCUCUACAAGCAUAUAGAUCUCGUUUUAAAUAUGAUUGAUAUGUUUCAAACGAAAAGUAUUGAACAGAAAGUUCCUUCAAAUCAGACUGAAACAAGUACAGUCUCUGAGACGAUGGAAAAAUUUCAAAAACAAGCACGCAAACUUCGUCUCGAUGUCAUACUCAAUGCUCCAUCGAUAUUCAUUCCGAUUAGUUCCUAUUCGAAUGAAGGAUUAUUUAUUGAUUUAGGUCAAUUAAUCAUUCAAACACAGACUAUUGAUGAUUCACUUAUGGAAGAACAAGUGAUAACUAUGAAGAAUUUACUGACUAGUCGAGUUAAACUGAGUAAAACAAAUGAAAUUCUUGGUGAUAUUAGUCUACUCGAAUGUGCUGAACUUAAUAUUUUAAUUGAUCGUCUUUUAUAUCCGGAUAAAGCUCCACAUCAAUCACAAAUUUUAAUUAAAGCUUAUUGGGAUACGAUUCAAAUUAUACUAGCUAAAGAUGAUUAUGCAUGUAUAAUGAAAAUAUUAAAGGAGAAUUUUUCGGAGAAGAUUUAUCAUAAGAUUCCGAAACCUGCAAUUCAAGAUCAGUCGGAAUUCAAACAAACCAAUCAAGAGAAAGUUAUUGUGACAAAUAAAAAGUCCGAUCAGAAAAUCAUCCAACAAAUUCGUUUCGAUGCUCAAAUUAAGAAAAUUGCUUUAACACUCUAUCUUGGCAAUUCCAAUAUCAGAGAUCGACAUACAUUACGGAAUGAAAAUUUGAUAUUCGUCGAUUUAAGACUUGAAAUGCUCAAAGGUCACUUUCGUCAAUUAUCCGAUUCAAGUUACAGUGGUAAAGUACAGAUUCAAGAACUUUUAUUAGACGAUCGACGUGAAACAGAUUGCGUAACUCGUCUAAUUGAUCGAGGCUUUCAAGUCGAUCCGAAGGUACCAAUGUUCAUUGUUAAUCUCGAGUCCAAACCAAAAAAUGAACAAGGUUCGAUGGAAGUUCGACAAGUCAAUGCUCAAUUGGAGAGUUUUUACAUUUGUAUGAGUCCAGAUUAUUUACUGGCAUUACAAGACUUCUUCAUCUCGAGUUUAUCAUCAACCGAUGAAAGAAGACCACAUCCACCAAUGAUAUAUUCUGAACCAGAAUCGGAUAUUAAUUACAAUCUACCAUUACCAGCAAAAUCUAUCGGCACCUAUCAUCGAUCAUUCAGUACUCCAGAGAGAAUAUCCACGACGACUCCCGUUCCAUCAUCCGAGACUGAAAGCGAUAUUGAAACUCUAGUUGAUGUUGUGAUCAAGACUUCAAAAAUCAUUUUACUUGAAGAUCAACAUAAUACUAAUUCAAAUUGUCUUGUACUUGAUAUAACUUCACAGAUUCGCAUGGUCAUUGUGGAUGAUAAUACGAAAAUAUCGGCUUCAUUAAAAGAUUUGACUAUUUACGGUUCGAAUUUUGCUGAAUUGAAAAAUUCGAAAAUAAAAUAUCGCUUUUUGCAACCGGUGGAUAUUGAUGCAAUUUUAAUAAUGAAUAUCGAACAACAAAAAAUCGAUGUACGUAUUGGAGAUAUUACUGUUCAAAUUCCUCCAGCAAUACUACAUACUAUUCAUAAUGUAAUGAACUCCAUGGGCAAACUUCAAACUGUUGUACAAACUGAAGCAGAUAAAAUCAAUUCGAAAACACUCUUUGAUCCUAAACCAUUCAAAGAUUCGAAUUUUUGGUUUAUUGAAAAUAACGACGAAAAACAAGAAGUGAUGGAACAAACAGAUAUUUUGGAAGUGACUACUGGUACUCCUUCACAAAAGAAACCUGCUAUUGAAGAAGCACAGAAACAGAAAGAAAAAGAAGAACAAAUGCAAACGCAGAAUAUUCGUUCUCAAGAAUUGAUUGUCAAUUUGAAUAUAAUCGAAGUUAAACUUGAACUUGGUACAGGUUCAGUGACAAAACCAGUUAUUGCUAUGUGUCUUUCAGAUAUGUUUGUCGAUGUGAAAAAUUGGUCUAGUAAUAUGAGUAUUUCUUCGAAAAUUCAUGUUGAAUUAGCUUUAUUUAAUGAUAAUUUACUUGCAUGGGAACCAUUGAUUGAACCAGUGAUCAAUGAAAAUGGUGAUGUAGUCUGUCCAUGGUGCAUUACAUGUUCAACUUCGAGUUAUGAAGACGAAGAAGAAGAAAAUGAUGAAGAGUCUCGAUUCUUACUCGAUGAUCCGAAAUCAUCAUCAGAUAGUGAUCAACAACAACAAAAAGAAGAGAAAAAGAGUUUAGAUGCUAAACAAGUGAUUUAUAUUCGAGCUGAUUAUUUGCUCAACCUAACUGUAACAAAGACAAUGUUAGGUCUUGCUCAACGUCUAUCUACAAUGUUUGAAGAAGCUUAUAAUCGAGAUUUAUUCUUGAAUGAAGAUGAUAAUGAUAAAUCAAUGUUAUCAAUACACAAUAUGACAGGAUGUGAUAUUGACAUUAAUGAUAUCACUGGUGUUCAGUUUCUCGAAGAUAAUCAAUUAAAAAUGCCACUUCGUCUCAAAUAUUACGAUUCAAUUCCAUUGACAAUUCCUAGUGAUCGAUUAUCAGCAACACGAAUUCCGGCUAUAUCCGAACAAAUAGUCAAUCGAAGACAAGAAUUUUUUGUUAAAAUUGGUGAUGAAGUAAAAACAGUAGAUAUUAAUCAAACAUGGCGACGAGUAUUUGACUUUGGUCCAUCAUCCAUACCAAAUUGGCCUGUUCAAUUGCUUUGUGAUUCUCAAUUACACAACUUUCGUCGACGAAUUGUCCUCAGUUCAAUUAUUAAAGUAUUCAACAGAGCAACUAUGCCAGUAAUAAUUUUAGAUAUCGAUUCAGUAGAAAUGGGAAGAGUUCGUGAAGUCGCUCGUAUUGAUGCCGGUGAAGAACUUUAUCUUCCAUUGAAUCUUCUCUAUGUUCGCACUUGUCCACGUCUAUUUAUUAGUAUUGAUGAUGCGGACUUGACGGAUCAAGGUCGAGAUUUCAUUUCGUUCGACUGGUCAAUCGAGUCUUCUGCUGAUCGUGUAUUAAAAAUGAAUAAUGGCAAAGAAGCUCAUUUUGUUUUUUACAAAGAAUCAAAAGAAGCUUACUCAGAAAAUACAGAUGAACCUAUUCGAACUUCAUUUCAUAUCUACGUCAAAUUAGCUCUUCAUAUUAUUAAUUUAUUAUCACUCGAUGUUCAAUGUUGGAUUGAUACUGUUGAACAAGUCGAUUUGAAACCAAGCCAUUUGUAUCAUAGUGUUUCAGGUGGCAAAAAAUCUGUACUGAAAUUUGUGAUUGAAAACGAAAAAACGUUGAUCGAAGCUGUCGAACCAGCAUUUUUUGUUUGUCCAAAACAUUUUGAUAGUAACAAGAAGAAAAAAGGUCAUAUACGUCUGUUCAGUAUGGGACAAGAUGAGACAUUAUCUGAAUGGUCCGAAGGCUUUUCAUUGGAUGUUAUCAAAACCACUGGAGUGGCUAGUUGUAAAGUAGCCAAUGAUCGAACCUAUAUGGUCGCUAUUGAUAUCGUAACAACUUCAUUUGGUAUGACAAAAAUUCUAACACUUGCUCCAUCGACAGUUAUCAUCAAUAAAUCAACGAUCGAAGUUGAAGUUACUGAAGCACAAUCGACAAGAGGAGAAGAACAAUGGAGAUCAAUCAAACCUGAAGGAAUUAUUCCAUUUUGGCCACGUGAUAUCGAACAAGGUCUCAUGCGUGUUCGUUAUACACAUAAUCGUAUCUCUUCAGUUGUAUUUCGAUUCAAUGAUAAACAUCGAGCAUUGUUGCAUAUGGAUGACGAAGAGCGUCCUGCACUUCAAGUUGAUGUUGUUGCUACCGAUUAUGAUGGUUUUCGUAUUGUUUUUGGCGAUUACAAGACUGGUGAUUCGCCUGUUCUUAUGGUCAAUUGUUUAAAAAACAGACCCAUUGCAUUUUGUCAAGUCGAGGAUAUUCGAACACAAAUUUUACCACCACGACAUUAUGUCUAUUACACAUGGAUCAAUCCAUUGAAACCACAACAAUUGCUCGUCUCAUCUAAUAGUGCAAGUGCAACAAUCGAACUGAGUCCGCUUUGUGGUCGUCUGGAAACUAAUGAUCAACAAAUUGUGUAUUAUGCGACAUUUCAAGAUGGUCCUCAAAUGGUCUUAAUCUUUAGUGAUGAUAUACAACUUAUUGAAAUAGUGACAAGCAUGCCAACAUUAGGUGAAAAGAUGAAUCAACAUAUACAAAUUGGUAUUUGUGAUAUUGGUAUUGCAGUCAUUGAUGAUAUUGCUCGAAAUGAUUUAUUUUAUAUUAGUAUAAAUAAAUCGAAAGAAAUCUGGACAGAAACACGAAAAUAUCUUGUAAAACCACUUUCAAGUCGGCUCAAUCAUCAUUUGAAUGAACAUUACAAAUCAUAUAUAAAAAAUUUCAAUGAUGAUCCAAACAAUCAAGAAAUUAUAAAGAAACAAUAUCGUAUUGAUGAUAAUCGUAAUGUUUCAUUCGAUGAAGAUACAGCUGAAUUGAGUGAUCAUCAAGACCAUCGAAUAUAUGUUCAUCGACAAGCAUUAGAUGGACUCUGGAUUGGUUUUGCCUGGUCAACGAGUAAUCAAGCAUUGCAUGUACGGAUCAAUCGUAUACAAAUUGAUAAUGAACAUGAAUUUACUCUGUUUCCCGUUGUUCUUCAUCCAAUUGUUUCCAAAGCAUCAGGCACUGAUGCACCUGGAAAACCAUUCAUUGAACUUAGUCUAUUCAAAACGGCACAAACACGAGCAAAUAUACAACAUAUCAAAUAUUUGAAAUUACUUAUACAAGAAUUCGACUUUUGUGCUGAUCAAACAUUGAUCAUGUCAAUUCUUAACUUUAUCAAACAAGAAAAGGCUCCAGGAGCACCAACGAUUAAUAUGGAUUCCGAUCUGAAACGUAUUAAUAAACCACUUGAAGCUAUUACCAUCGCUCAAUCCAAUAGUCUACCAUCAGAACCAAAAAUAUUCUUUGAUAAUUUGCAUCUAUCUCCACUUAAGAUUCAUGUCAGCUUUUCAAUGCAUGGCUUUGCCACAAAUGAGCAAUUACUAGCCGAAUAUCCAUUGGUCGAUUUCUUGCUGCAAACAUUGAAUGUAGCAGAAGUGCAAGAUGUCAUUUUAAAAUUGAACUGUUAUGAACGAAAGGGUGAACAAUUCACCAUAGCGAAAUUGGCUGAAGAAGCUCAAAAUCAUUUUCAAAAUCAAUUCAUGAGACAACUUCAUGUUGUUGUUCUCGGUCUUGAUGUUCUUGGAAAUCCAUUUGGUGUUGGUGCGAUGGAAGGUCCAAUAGAAUUCAUCGAAGGUAUAGCAUCAGGUACUCGACAUUUAGUUGGUUCUGCCAUUGGUGGUGCUGCUGGUGCGGUUUCAAAGAUAACUGGUGUGGCAAGCAAAGGUUUAGCAACGUUAACAUUCGAUCAAGACUACCAAAAUGCUCGUAUCGCUCGUAAAGAAGUGGCUGGACAUUCAGUAUCUGACGUUGUUCUAAGUGGAAAAAAUGUUGGCAAGGAUGUUGUUCAUGGUGUGAAAGGUGUCGUAAAGAAACCAGUAACUGGUGCGAAAAAACGAGGCACAACUGGCUUUGUCAAAGGUUUGGGUAAAGGUUUUCUCGGUCUUGUUGCACGGCCAGCAAGUGGUGUUGCUGAUUUUACUAGUACAUCAUUUGAUGUGAUCAAACGAGUUGCUGUCCAUGAAGGAGUCGUUCAUCGUGUUCGAUCUCCACGACAUGUUGGUCGAGAUGGUAUUAUUCGACCUUCUAGUGCUCAUGAAAUCAGAGGAUUUUAUAUUUUCGAUAGACUCAAUGAUGAAAAGCACGGUCCAUUAGACACUUAUAUUGCUCAUAUUGAUUGUACUGAAGAUUGGUCUACUAUCCUUUUGGCUAGUUUCAAACGAUUAUUAGUUUUAACUAGAAAAUCCGACUCGUCAGAUGACUAUGAAGUUGAAUGGGAUUGUCAUUACAAAGACUUGAAGGGACCACCUGUUGUCAAGUUCAAACCAAGCGAAAUUCAAAUUCAUUUAAAAGAACCAAAACUACUUGGAUUAAUUAAAAAAGAUCGACCGCAUGAAACAUCGGUCCUCUAUCGAAAUGCAGGCGAAGCUCGUUAUAUCGUCGAUAAAAUCACCCAAAUUAUGCGUGCUAAGGAACUUUAA